CAUACCUAAACGCGGUGACGUCAUGGGAGCACGUGGGUUUGUUGUUACAGGAAGUGAAGAUGGCGGCGCAGUCGUUCCUCUCAGAGUCUGUCCUCGGGUGGUCAAUUUUCUCCAUCGUUCUUUUGGCAAUCCUAGCUUUCUGUUGGAUCUACAUUCGAAAGUUUCAAAGCCGUCAAGAGAGUGAAGUUGUUUCCACUAUCACAGCGAUAUGUGCUCUGGCCAUCGCUUUGAUAACAUCGGCACUCCUGCCUGUAGACAUAUUCCUUGUUUCAUUCAUGAAGCAUCCAAAUGGAACUUAUAAGGAAUGGGCAGCAAACAAUGAGACAAGAGAGCAAAUUGAAAAUACUGUGUUGCAUGGAUAUUACACUCUGUACUCCAUCAUACUCUUCUGUGUAUUCCUUUGGAUCCCAUUUGUGUAUUUCUACUAUGAAGAACAGGACGACGACAACAUGAACAAAUGCUCGCAAGUGAAAAACGCUCUGAAGUACACAGUUGGAUUUGCCAUUGUCUGCGUGGUGCUCCUUUUAAUUGGAGCAUUUGUUCCACUUGAGGCUCCACCUAGUCAGAACUCAACUCAGUGGGAGAAAGUGCAGUACCUUGUUGAGGAGCUUGGCAGUAGUCAUGGUCUACCGGCUUUGGCUUUCUCCAUCAGCUCUCUGACCUUGAUUGGGAUGCUGGCAGUAAUAACUUACACGGCAUAUGGCAUGUCUGUCAUGCCUUUGAAUCUGAUAAAAGGCACAAGGAGUGUGAUGUAUGAACGCCUGGAAAACACAGAGGACAUUGAUGAUGUCGAGCAUCAGAUAGAAAGGCUGAAAUCCAAGUGUCAGGAUGGACGCCCCCUGUCCUCCAGGGACAGACACAACUUACAGGAGCUGGAGAGUAAACUCCAGGUUCUCCAGCGCAGGGGGAGACACCUGGAAAUUGCAGAGAGGAACUGCUGCACCAAAGUAGGAAGUGCUCUUAGACCCUUCAAGAUAUUACUGGGGAUUGUUUUCAUCCUGGUUGCACUGCUGUUCAUCGUUGCCCUUUUCAUUUCGAAUUUGGACAAAGCUCUCCACUCUGCUGGCAUCAGCUCCGGGUUCAUCAUCUUUGGCACCAACCUGACUAAUCCGCUUAAUGAACUUCUUUUAGUCUUACAACCUGUUUUUCCUCUGGAUUACAUCCUGAUCACUGUCAUCACCAUGUACUUUGUAUUCACCUCCAUGGCUGGAAUUCGCAACAUGGGCAUCUGGUUCUUCUGGAUCAGACUGUACAAAAUAAGACCCAAGAGAACACGUCCCCAGGCUCUUCUCUUCCUCUGCAUGAUUCUACUUCUGAUUGUCCUACACACCAGCUACAUGAUCUACAGUCUGGCCCCACAAUAUGUCAUGUAUGGCAGCCAGAAAUACCUUGUGCAGAUACCAUCUGGAAAUACCACUACUGAUACCACAAGGACAUGUGAUGCUGAUGCACCAGAGGACCAGUGCACCAUGACAAGAACGUAUCUUUUCCUCCACAAGUUCUGGUUUUUCAGCACCAUCUAUUACUUUGGUAACUGGGCCUUCAUUGGGGCUUUCCUCAUCGGUCUGGUGGUGUCCUGCUGCAGAGGGAAGAAGUCUGUGAUUGAAGGAGAGGUGGAAGCUGACGACUCUGACAUAAGUGAUGAUGAAUAUGUGCAUUAAAAACAAACAUGACUAGUUCUUGUAUCUGGUAUGUAGAUAUUUAAAAUUACAGUUCAUUUCUGUUUGUGUGUGUGUCUGUGUCCUUUAGGGAGCAUUCUGGGUAAUUGACAGCUGGAUUCCAGCGUUGAUUUAAACUGACACAUAAACCCCACUUAAUAGGGCAGCUCAGACCAUUUGUUGUUUUCCGUCUUCAUUAUUGAUGACUUUGGGAAUCUUGGAGUUUACUCUAACUCAGUCUUACCCGGAGAAUUCACUUGACAGCGAUUGAUCGCUUGUGAGGUUCCAGACGUUUAUUGCUUCAGCAAAGAUGAAAACCUAAACUAAUCUAAAACUAUUAUUUUUGUACACACAAACAAAAGUAUUUUUAAUUCUUUCUAAAUCCUUUCAGUUAGAAAUCAGAAAAACUGAUUUUCUUAAAAAAAUAGAUUCCUAUGAGUUGAAAACAUUCAUGCUAUCAUUGUUUUUCUCUUUUAUUGUUGUUUUUAAAGAUUGCACACAACUUUGAUGGAUUUGACCCUACUUGCUUUUUCCAUCUAGCUUUUGCCACCAUUGUUUCUGAAGCACUAAUUCACCUUCAAAACAGCUUUUUAUGUGAAAUGAAAAGGAUUUGUAUCAUCUGCUUUGUUUGAGGUUCCAAACGUUUGUGACUUUUAAUUACCGGUACAAAUAUCUAACAACCGCUUGUCAUCUGUGCUGUGAGGAAAUGAGAACUAAGAGGAGAUGUAUGAUUCAUAUUUGUUGUAUUGCAUCAACUGCAGCUCUGUGACACUUUUAAACACACCAUUAUUUUCUGUUGAAAAAUAAAAAGGACAUCUGUCUGCAGAAACCAAACAUUUGUGCCACAUGAAUGUAUGUCUCUAUGAUGUGCGCACUCCUCCUUUUCCCAACUGUUUGGCUUUAGUUUCUAUAGGAACCGCCUGUUCGUCACAUAUUUUUGCUCUGAGACGUCUGUUUUGUUUUGUUCCCUGACAUCAGAGGAGAGAAGCAAAUAAAAAGUGCAGUUAGAAUGUGGAAAACAUGUCUCCACUAGCUGUUGGUACGGCAACCAUAAUUCAUGUUAUUGAAGUUGAAUUAUUAACUAACACUUCUUGUAUUUAAAGAAAUAAAGCAAUUUCAGAUAUCCACCAUAA